UAUCUUUCAAAUCUGUUCCUUAAAGCAGUAUUUGUCACUCUCAAUUCUGAGAAUUUGGAACAUUCAGCUAUUUUUGAAAAUUACCUUUCAGUUGGGGAGACAGUGCAUGGCGCUAAUCUCACCAAGUUAAAGUACCAAGGAUGUAGUCUUGACGAUGAAGAUAAUUGGAAUCAAUUUAGAAAUGCUGUGCGAGCAACAAUUAGAGAAACUCCACCAUCUGCAGCUGGGAAAGGAUACUCUCCGGCACCUUCUCCACGACUUCUCCAGCAAUAUGGAAAAUUUUCAUUCUCCGGGACAACACCAAAAAAGGAAUUAGCAGACAAGCGAACAGUUUCACCACAUCGGUUUCCUCUUUUACGAACUGUAUCCCUUGCUAGUCGACCGACUACCCCCAAAAGUUCUAGGCCAACCACCCCGAAUAAAAGUCGAUCUACUACUCCAAACCCCUCCAAUGAGAGACGGUACCCUGCAAAAUCAGCUUCAAUGCGGCUUCAUGUGGACAAUAUAAACACCAAAGACGCGGAGCAGCACGCCAGCAAAAGUAAACGUCUGCUUAAAUCUUUGCUCAGCCGACGCAAAUCAAAGAAAGAUGAAACACUAUAUACAUACAUAGAUGAAUAUUAACAGUACAGGUUCAAAGAAGACGAAAAGGAGGUGUGAUAGCACUUGCAACACGAAACCAGGAAAAUGCUUUAUUGUUAUUGCACUAAUGCUUACUCUUCUCCAAUUGUUUACGGAAAACCGGGGACAUGCGGCGUUGUUAUUACACUGCUUACCUUUCCUCAAUUGUAUAUUAAAUUUUGGCAAUGUAUUGGCAGUUUGUAAACCCGAUUAUAAGGAAUUGAUUAGUUGUCUUGUUCAUGGUCUUGAAAGAUUAUAAAGUGAUAUAGCAAGGAUUUUAGGGGCUGGCUGGAUAAAAUCUGAGUUGAAGUUGAAAAAAAAAAUUGAAGUUGAAGCCGAAAAAAAGAAAUUGUGGAAGUUGAAGUUGUGUUUCGAUAUUUGUAGUUUUUUGGAAUAAAAUUUUUGUAAAAGUUGAAGAUAUGAAAAACUUUACUUAGCUA